AUCGCCGUUAUCGUGGCUUCAGCCACAGCCUCGACUGCAAACGAAAAACUCAUCAAAUGUUGUCAUGGUGAUCCUCAAAUCGAUCGUGCAUGUGCUGCAAAAUACUGCCAGAUUCCAAGCAUCGUUCCUCAAAUGGUAAUCCCGUUCAUACUUGAGUGUGCCCCCAAAGGGCUUACAGUGCCCCAUGUAUGGGACUGUGUCUCAUCCAAACAGGACCACACAGCAUGUUGCCUGAAGCAGGGCGUGAAUCCUCAUUGCUUACCGUACUGUAAUGCCGUGGGAACGGUUCCAACCGACAUGCUCAAGUACGGUGUCUGUGUAGCUGAGUUCGAGAAAUUUCGCGUAUGUUUCCGUACCUACCUCAAGCAUCACCCAUCUAUAAGAGGAGAUACAUAA